AAUUGAGCCAAUAACUCACUGUUGUGUAUCUCUUUAAAUAUCCUCGAUCGAUCCACUCAUAUCUCUCCUCUGAACUAAACAAACCAGAAGAGAAAAUUGAAAUAGAAUGAUCUCCAUGGCCAUGGGUUCAUUAUUCAAAGUGGAUGAAACUCAUGCGACCACCAAGAUAGCUUCCAUGGACUCAAAAGCUGUUGGGUUGAAGAUUCUUACUACUAACACCCCUCAACUCAAUCAUUCCAAACCCAUUUUCCAAAGGAAUCAAAUUCCUUCUUCUGGUUCUUGUUUCAUCAAAUCUUGCUUUCUUUGCCACAAACGUAUUUCCUUUAAUAAAGACGUUUAUAUGUACAGAGGGGAUCAAAGUUUCUGUAGCGAAGAGUGCAGGAGUAGGCAAAUAUACAUAGAUGAUAUUAAACAACUUGAGAUCUCCACCAAGAAAAUGGGGUUAAGUGUUAAUGCUAUGGGAAUGUAA